UGACAUUCUUUCUCUCUCUCUCCUGAUAUAUGGCAUUUUCUCUUUCUCUCUCCUGAUACAUGGCAUUCUCUGCGCCUUCAGAUAAAUGGCAUUCUCUCUCUCUCUCUUUCUGCUUUAAUCAGAGACAGGGCUGAGGGGGCGUGGCCAGGCUGUGAGUGUGUAAGAGAGAGAGAGAUUGUAGCUCUGCCCCCUAUGCUGACAUCCACAUGCUUGUCUCCCUGUAUAAGGGAACGGAGUGCUGGGGAGGGAGGUAGAUAGAAGACAGGGGCUCGGGGUUUACACUUAAGACAGCAGCCGCUUGUGCGAUCACUGAAGCCUCCAGCCAGAGCCGUGCCAGGGAACUACAAGGAUUGGCUCUGUCCUGCUGCCAAACUGCCUGUUGUAACUGCCAGUGUGUGCUGCAAUCUGCCCUCCUGUCUCCAGUGGAAAUAGCAGCGCUUUCUUGGACACCCCAGCAUCCACUUUCCUCUACUCCUGAGCAGCGGACUGAGGAGCCUCCCAGGGCUGUUUUUAGGGGUUUGCUUGUACCUGCUGCUGGGAAGCUCGAAUUAAACAAGUGAGGGACCUGGGACUGGACCGAAUCGCAGUUUCUAAUCGCCUUGUGCUGAGCGCCAGAUAAAAGAGAGGCAAAUUGGUGCAAAUCAAUGACUUGCUAACAAGGCAACUCGUGGGAUCUUUCUUGUCAAUAUGGAUGGGAUUGCUUUGCUGCUUGGACUUAUUUCUCUCUGCUCGCUGGGGGCCAAAGUCUCAGGCCAAGAAGGAAGCGUAUGUGGUGGCCGUUUAAAUGCCAAAGAUGCUGGUUAUAUCACGUCCCCGGGGUACCCAAAUGAUUACCCACCUCAUCAGAACUGUGAAUGGAUAAUCAGUGCUCCAGAACCUAACCAGAAGAUUGUACUCAACUUCAAUCCUCACUUUGAUAUUGAAAAACACGACUGCAAGUAUGACUUUAUUGAGAUUCGGGAUGGCGAUAGUGAGUCAGCAGAGCUAUUAGGAAAACACUGCGGAAACAUAGCUCCCUCUACCAUCACGUCAUCUGGAUCCCAAAUGUACAUUCGCUUUACAUCGGACUAUGCCCGGCAGGGGGCUGGAUUCUCACUGCGCUAUGAGAUCUUUAAAACAGGAUCUGAAGAUUGCUCUAGGAACUUCACCAACAGCAACGGUACUAUUGAGUCUCCCGGCUUUCCAGAUAAAUAUCCCCAUAAUUUGGACUGUGUGUUUACCAUUGUGGCCAAGCCAAAGAUGGAGAUCAUUUUACAGUUCCAUACAUUUGAUCUGGAACAUGACCCGCUCCAGGUUGGCGAGGGAGACUGCAAAUAUGACUGGUUGGACAUCUGGGAUGGAGUUCCAAGUGUGGGCCCCUUGAUUGGCAGGUAUUGUGGCACCAAGACCCCGUCAGAAAUCCGCUCAUCAACUGGAAUCCUUUCACUCACCUUUCACACUGACAUGGCGGUGGCUAAGGAUGGCUUUUCAGCUCGAUAUUACCUUGCCCCUCAGGAAGUCCCUGAAACAUUCCAGUGCAAUGUUCCUUUGGGUAUGGAGUCUGGGCGUAUUUCAAAUGAACAGAUUACUGCUUCCUCUACAUACUCAGAUGGGAGGUGGACAGCCCAACAAAGUAGACUCAAUAGUGACGAUAAUGGUUGGACUCCCAAUGUAGACACCAACAGGGAAUAUCUGCAGAUAGAUCUCCGGUUCUUAACUUUGCUCACAGCCGUAGCAACCCAAGGGGCAAUUUCACGAGAGACUCAGACAUCAUACUAUGUUAAAUCUUAUAAACUAGAAGUCAGCACAAAUGGUGAAGACUGGAUGAUGUUUCGCCAUGGCAAAAACCACAAGAUAUUCCCUGGAAACACAGACCCGACAGAAGUUGUCUUAAACAAGAUUCCUCAGCCGGUGUUGACCCGAUUUGUCCGCUUCCGCCCACAGACCUGGGAUACUGGAAUAGCAAUGCGGGUUGAGCUGUAUGGCUGCCAAAUUACAGAUUCCCCCUGCUCUAAUAUGUUGGGAAUGAUGUCUGGCCUAAUCUCAGAUUCCCAGAUCACGGCAUCAUCAACCAGAGAAUACCUCUGGUCCUCUGGAGCUGCCCGUCUGGUAAGCAGUCGUUCAGGCUGGUACACGCAUAUUCCAACAGGACAGAUUGGAAAGGAAUGGCUUCAGGUGGACCUGGGCAUUGUAAAGACUGUGAAAGGAGUCAUCAUACAAGGAGCACGUGGUGGAGACAGUCUUCCGACCACGGAAAAUAGGGCUUUUGUAAGAAAGUUCAAAGUGGCUCACAGCCUGAAUGGGAAGGACUGGGAAUACAUACUGGAUUCAAAGACCGAGCAGGCCAAGCAGUUUGAAGGGAACAUGCACUAUGACACUCCCGAAGUACGCAGGUUUGAAUCAGUGGCAGCACAAUUUGUUCGUGUUUAUCCAGAAAGGUGGUCUCCUGCAGGAAUGGGCAUGCGGAUGGAAGUGCUGGGCUGUGACAGACAAGAAGUGAAACCUACCACAGAGACUGUGAAACCCACAAUGAAGACUGAAGAGGUAACAACACAUAAUGUGUCUGAAGAGGAGACCACGGAAUGCGGAGAGGCUUGUGUUGAUGAAUUUCAGUACCCGCCUGGAUUUAACUGCAAAUUCGACUAUUCAGAUGAUGUGUGUGGCUGGACACACGAUACCAACGCUGACUUCACUUGGUCAUUUCAUCCUCAUAGUCCCUGGAUGGGUCACUCUGGUACCAUUGCUGGAAACAGCAAAUAUUAUCUGAGGCUACCAAGCAGUGGAAGGAGGGAAGGACAGCAUGCACGGUUACUGAGUCCGAAGAUGUACUUGCCAAGAACUGUCCUCUGCAUGGUGUUCCGGUAUAGAGCCUCAGGGAGCAGUGGUGGAACACUUCAGGUGUCGAGGAAAUCUAGUCAGGAGAACAGGUUGCUUUGGAAGAUGAAAGAGGAGCAAGAAAGUGAUUGGAGAGAAGGCCGAAUCAUCUUGAACAGUUCCAAGGGAGAGGAAGAGUACCAGGUUGUCAUUGAAGGCAUUGUUGGCAAAGGGCAGCCAGGGGAUAUAGCUGUCGAUGACAUCCGAAUAGCUACUGACAUACCAGUGGAACACUGUAUGGAACCUCUCACAGCCUUUCCAAGGAAUCCAGUAUUCUCCCCAGGGGGCACCCUACUACCAGGGAGCGAGCCCACAGUGGACACGGUGUCAGUGCAGCCCAUUCCAGUCUACUGGUAUUACGUUAUGGCAGCAGGAGGCGCUGUUCUGGUGCUGGUCUCCGUCGCACUGGCCUUGGUGCUCCACUACCACCGAUUCCGCUAUGCGGCCAAGAAGAGUGACCCUGCCAUCACCUACAAAACUUCACACUACACCAACGGGGCCCCCUUGGCAGUGGAGCCUACUUUAACUAUUAAAUUAGAACAAGACGAACGCGACCACAGCUCGCGGUGCUGAGGGCAAUCCCGACGCAGGAUCUAGACUUAACAGACUCCAGAAAGUUGGCUCAAUUUGCACUUUUAUCCUCUCAUCCCUUACAUCCCUGUGACACUUCGUUCUUCAUACUUAUGAACUCAUAGACACCUGGUUCCCAUGACUGUCUCUAAAAUCUAAAUGCUGCAUCUUGGAAAAUGUUUGAAAAGAAGGCUAUGCCUCCUACAGCCUAAACGCUUUUUCACAUUUUUUUAAAAAGACUAAAAUUUUGAAGGAUCUCUUGGUUUAAUUUUGUGCUCCUUCUGCCAGAUGGAAAAAAAUGCCUGAAAACAUGAAGGAAGGUCUUGAAGAGUAUCUCCCUCUCCCCACUUACCCGUUUCUUUCUCUGUAUAUUCCUUAUUGAGUAUAUUGCCAGGGGGAGGGAUUUGUAGGCAAGUAAAGAAACAAACACAGACUCCGUUUAUAUGGUAAAAUUAAGCCACUAUACAGGCCUAUUCCGUGAGGCAUAAUGUGCCUUACAGCUCAGCUCCACUUUCUCUAUAUUUUUAAACAGAAGAUAGAACAAUAGGACCUGGUACACUGAAUUGUGAAACCAACUUUUUUUUUGUUAAGGUCCAUAGGCCAAUGUUUUUAAUCUCCUAGCACCAGCCCCUACGCUGCACUAAACAGCUCAGGUUUUAAUGGAUAUCCUCACAGGAACUCUGUAUCGAUCUGCUUAAUUAUAUUCCAGUGUUUCUUUGAGGAUUCCUUGAAAAGUGUUUUUGGGGGGCAAAUGGCUGGUGUUGAGAAGUACUCCAGUAUGUCUAUAUUUGAACUGCUUUGUAUCACACAGAACUAAAAUUAAUCUCCUAUUGGUCCACACAUAUACAUUAUGAGAAAAACACAUAGCAGAAUUGUUUAUAACAUAUCAAAGAAAGGGUUGGAAACCUCCAUGCUUUUUUUCACAAGGCUUUUAUAACAUAUAUGCAAUUUAACACAGAUGGAGAGAGUUUUUUACCCUUUCACUGCCAUACUGAACGUAGCAUUUCAUAGACUGCCCAUCCACCAGUAAUAAGGUACCCAUAUCAUGGAAGUUGGGUAGUUUAUAUUCUUACUGCCUCAAACAACUGUCUCUUAGGUGGGGCCCAUAUGCGUAAAUUAUGGUUUGGUAAUUCUUACUGACCUUUACCAUUACUGAUCCGGCUCAUGCCCCCAAUGAUAUUAGAUCAGUCCCUAAAUUGCUAGGCCAUGCUUUCAAUUUGUCAUAUAAUGAGAGGAUUAGCACACAAUGAAAUUAAAAUGUCUUUUGAAGUAGAGAAGGAAGAUUAUGGCACAAAGAAACAGUGGGCAGGCAGAGUUAGAAGCACUUUUGCUGAACAACAGGACAAAAGCAAGGAAAAAAAUAAAGGGAUUAGUGUGCCUACAACAGUGAGGACAACUUAAGACCAAAGUUGUCAUUCCGUGACUAUAGCUCCAACAGGGAAUCUUAAAUCCUCAUCUUGUUGCAAGGUACAAAUACUUAACUAGCACUUGAGCACAGGUUGAGCUAAAACUUUCUUAUUUAACUAUACAGACUUAUUGCUUAUAUUGUGGUAGUGUAAUUUAAAGAACACCUUACAGACAAAAAAGCUAUUCCCAAGGGAACUAUUUCUAAUUCAAUAUCUUAUCACAUCUACUGUUGUAUAGGGAGGACUUGAGCCAUCCACACCUAUCCAGAAAAGAGCAGUUAUACAUACAAAGGUUUUUAAUAAAGGGUCAACAUGGCCAUUUUUGACCAAUUUCUCCAUGAGCUAAAAAUCAGCAUUUUUGGUUUGGCCAUCCACACAAACAGUUCUAGCUCUCUCACUUAUAUUUUCAGAAAUUGUAUCCCUAUUAAAUAAUAAGCCUUUACAAUCCAUAGAAUGUCUGGGAAAAGUGGUGAGAGAUCUACAGUAUAAGAUCUAUAAGUUCUGAAGAGCUUUAUCAGCAUUAAGACUGUUCCAAUGCCCUGCCAGUGUAAGUAAAUUAAAAAUGUGAUAUUUAAAAGCAGCUGAGACCAUCUUUUAUGAUAAAGAGCUUCUAAAGCCUCCAAAAUAUUACCAGGAGAUCCUGCAGAGAAUACAGUGUCCAACCUAGUAGGCUGGUGCUGACAAACAUAAUUGUUAUAAAUGUGGCUUCCCAAAAGAUCAGCUGUCCAUCAUACAAAGAAUAAAAUGGACACAUUUGACUCAUUACAGGCUGCACAUGUGUAAUAUAAGUUAAUAGAUUUCCACAUGCAAAACAUUGUUUUGAAAGCCUUCAAAAGAUAUGUCAUUAUUGAUGUUAUGAUUCACUAAAGAAAAUGUGUUUUUUUCAUCAUAUGGAGUUACUCUUAUUAUCAGGUGCAACAAAGCUUCUUAAUGUCAAACGUAAUCCAACGUAAGAUCCUUUUCAGCAACAGAACUGUAAGGGCAAUAUGUCUGCAUUGGUUCCUCAAGAAAUAGUACAGCAGAAAGAAAAGAAGGGUAAACCUCCAUAUCUGGGCAAUAGAUUCUUGUCAGUGCCAUUCAUUUAGUGAUUCUUAUUAUCUAUUGUGUCUUUUAAAUUGAAACUAUUCCUUGGGAACAAAUGCAGAAAAAGAAACUUGUAUAUGUAUUGUCACUACAGUUAUCUGUAAUUUAACUUUAUUCUUAACUUCUGCCUACCAUCACCAUCUGUCCUGCCUAAUGAUGUCUAUAGCCCAACUCCAAACCAGGACAUACAAUAAGCUACAAGCAAUGGCGUAGCGAACACACUACUGUACAAUACCAUUACCGUUAUGUGCUUUUGUAAUUGUACAAAAAAACAACUGUCACUCUCACAAUUUACAGUUUCAGUGUUUGUGGAGCUUGAGAACAAUCGAUUUUACAUACAUUUUUAAGUAGCAAAUGGGUGGCCUUAUAUGCUAAGUGACAUAGAAAUGUAUAUUUUUUUGUAUCCAUGCUGUUAUUUUGGUGUUUGAAUGUAAAUCUCACAGAUAUAGUAUACAGUGCACUGCUGUGUAUAAAUAAUUUAUGCGCCUUUUGUAUUAGAAUUGUUUUGUCCGUUCAACAUUUACUUAGAAAUCUUUGGUGGCAUCAAGCGUGCUUUACGAAUGCGCCGAAAUAUGUUUUGUACAUUAUCAAGCUCACAGGGAAGCAGUCAAGGAAGAUUGUUAUACCCCAUGCCAGAUGGAUGGUAGAGAUGACUCUUUUUUUCUGGUUCACGUCACAUAAUAUGAUGUAGAUUUGCACGUCUUUUGCCCAAUUACCACCAACAUUUCUGUUGAAUUUCUGGAAGAAGAAUUUAUUUUAUCACUAGAAUACUGAUAUAUCAUUGGGGCAGGGAAAUACAUUUUACAGUACAAGCCUGCAGCAAAAUGAAAUGCCAAGCCUACCACUAUCCUACCCAACAUCCUCCUACAACCAGCUCCUCUUAAUAGUACAUGGAAAUCCCUGAUGCUUCACAUACAGUACAUGCUAUUGAGGCAUAUGCCAUUUUGAAACCUGCUUAUUGGGAUAUUGUUGCACCUGCAGAAGUGAUCAUCUUUUUGUUUUGAUAAUACACUGAAUCCCCAAAUUACGGUACGGUUUCGGUAAUGAUAUUAAUUGAUGUGUUGUUAUGUAACACACACUGAUUCUUCUGCACUGGUUGUGCAGUUGUAUGCAUGAAAGCUUGUCAUGUAUAUCAGGGAAUAUACAAAACGGUGCAACCAGAAACAUAGGGAUACGUAUGACCCCUUGUUACUUCAGUUCUGUUAAGGCCGUGAAAUAUAUUUAGGCCCUAUUUGAAGCAAAUGGUAAAGGUAUAUCUUUUCAGAAUAGCCUGGUUGUUUGAGGAUGACGAGAGCUAUAGUUUCCUACCAUUUGAAGGGUCUUGGUUUCACUUGUGAUAUAUAAUUGUGCAAAUCAUUUGCGUCCUACUGGAAACAUAUAUAACACCUCACCAGCUGUUUCCAGGCUGUCUUAUGGCACCAUGUGUUAUCUGCUUUUGAAUCAGCAAAAUGGUUAAGGUGAAAUGGGUUCAUAUAUUUUUUUGGAACGCACUGAAAUCGAGACAUUUCCUAUGGUUUAAUCACAUGAGGGGACUUACAGCAAGCUUUUAGAAAUCCCAUCAGUCUUAUAGUUAGUGUGUCAGACAGCAUCCCUCUAUCUAUUGCUCUGUAAUUGGUAAUUAUGCUGCUAGUUUUCCCUCAUCUGCUGAAUCCAACAGCAGUAUCUAAGGCUUGCCAUCUGUUACCACAUGCUUAGAACAAAAGUUCAGUGAUUGUAAAUAUCAUUUACUGUUUGACUUUAAAAGUGAAUGUGAGAAUAACAAUGAAAAGAGAAACAGACAGCAUUGUGCAAAAAUAAGGAACUUUGUUGAGGUUGGUUUUAAAGCCUUCUAUUUUAUCUUUAAAUGGUGACUGCUUUAUUUCAUAUUCAGUCCUGGGGUUUUCUUUUUAAUCUUUUCUUUCCUCCAACACAAGUCCCACAUCCCUACUGAUUCUCAGUUUCUAAUAACCCUUGUUUUUUUUGUGUGAAAGAACAAAAUAGAUAGCAAUGGAAAUCAUUUGGUUUUGAAACCACUGUGUUAUGACUAUGCACAAUAGGUUAUUUGCUAAAUUUCAGUGCAACUCUCAAAACAAGCCAUAGGGUAGCAGAGAGAAAUGAUGGCAAGCUCAUCACUGAGAAUCCUUGAUUAAGGGAGUAUUAGUGAAAUGGGAACAUUAAGUUCCCAUACUUCUAUAUUCUGUCUGUUUAAUGAACUAAUAUAAUCACUAUUGAUUAACAGUAUAUUUACAUUGAGAAUCUGUCGAUUUUAAAAAUGGCUGGAAUACAAAGUAGACAUGGGAAUUAAUCAUGUGCUGCAUUGUACAGCCCUUUGAUGCUCUAAAUGCCUCCUGGGUUGGCUCACAUCAUGUAUAGUUGGUAUCUGCAGACUUACCCAGUCUUAAUAAGAGCACAGUUUCCAGAUUUUUACUGGGUGCUAGUAUUUUCUUGGGAAAAUGCUUUGGGAGCCACAGCUGAAGACUUUACUGUAACCCCAGUUCAUAGAAAAAAAAUCUUUUAGGACAGAAAACGAUGGUAAUUUUUCGAUUUCAGGGCAACACUUAAAACAAUAUAUAGGCAUGAAGCCAAGGCUCCUUACAGACCAAUAAUUUGGAUCCUUUUAGUGCUUCAACUGUUGUUUAGCUACAGUGGACCUCAUCCAAGGCACAUCAGUGUUCUACAUAGAUUUACACCUGCUGUUAUGCCACAAGUUGUCUGUACUUCCUAGAGUGCAGUGGAAGGAUGUAAAAUAGGUGUCAGAGACCCAAAUAGGACAAUAAGAGAUAGGGAUCUUUAUCUAUUAUAGACAUACGCACACAGAGCUUAUCAUUCAUUAUACUAAACAAAUGCACAGUAGUGGACCACUUUGCCCAUACAUAAUAACCAAUGCAUUCAUUUACUUGUAUAGCCUCUUUGGAAAUCAGAUAUAGACUGUUAGGCAUAAAUAGAUAAUGAGUGCAAUAUUGGGCAUCCCAUCUGUACAUACAGUAAUGCUACCACCACAAGUAGUGAAACAAAAACAUUUAGAAAAAGCCUUCUUUCAUAUUCUUGUGUGUUGUGUAUAUCUGUCAUUAUUAAGACUACUAUCUCAUUAGAAGUCAUUUUUAAAUUAAAAUAUGGCCAGUAGGCCCCCAAAAUAUAGCAUUUUCACUUACCCUUUAGUUAAUAAACAUAGCCACCAUUUUACUGCCAACAUAAGGGGCUGCAGCUUCAAACACUGGUUGUGCAUUAUGACUUUUGUAUUUGGAAGUCCCACCAAAAUUAACUGCUGGAUAUAGACAUUUGAUUAUUCUUCCCCGGGUUCCCUCCCCUGAAUCUCCGCAUCUCUUGCUUUGCUCUCUGCCUGUGAAUGAACGAAAAAAAAAAAAAUGUUAUGGAAAUUUGAAUCUUAUUUGAAAAUGUGCUGUGUGGAAUGUAAUUAAAGGAUAUUUUUGUACAAA